AUGUGUCUAGUCACCACAAUCUUCGCUUACACCAAAAUUUUCCUCACUCUUCGUCACAACCAAAUUCAUGUUGACCAUGUUCAGAGCCAUGUUUUUCCAGGACAACCAAGUCAAGCAAUUCCACAUAACAUAGCUUGACACAGAAAGGCAGAAAUACGAAUAAAAUAACAAGAAUCUAUAUGUGUCGUGAAUUUUUAUAUACUGGGCUAUAAAAGAUAUAUUGACAUAAAAAGAAGUCGGCAGGUGUUUAAAAUAAUUAGGAACGCUCGUUCAAAAAAAAGACAUGAGCUAUAAUCAAAACUAUUCUAAAGAAAAUUUUUCUUAGUUGCAAGUUAGAGUGGAUAUCUCUAUUUUAUACCUAAUUAUUAUUGAUAGUUAUGGGGUUCACUCAAUCGAAACCUAUCUCAACCGACCCGAAAAUUAUAAACAAACCCGUUUGACAUGUUUGGACUGUUAAGACUUCCUUUCUACAAGCCCCGAAACUCUAUGCACACGUCUGUCAAAGCUGGCUGCGCACGAUUAGCAAUUGGUGUUGAAGUACAUAACAAGUAUUGCCCAGUCGAAUGUUUACUAAACGAGAUGUCGUGUGGUACGACUAGAAAUUGAAUUAAUUCAGUUUUUUCCUCAAAGUUUUGUAAAAAAAAGUUGAUAAAAAUUAAAACAAGAAGAAUUGACAAAGGUCAUUAUCGCUACUAUACUUGUUAUGUACAUGUACUACUGAAAACUCAUUAAAUUUUUUUCAUCGUCAGUGAGUUAGUUUCCUGAACAGGCUCAUUAAAGUUCGGUGUCAGCUUGAAACACUUCAUUGUUUUUGCUAAACCCUGACUACAACUUGUAAAAACAAAAUAAAACUUCCUUUCUACAUGGAAACUCUUUGCACGGUCAAAGCUGACCGCGCACAAUUAGCAAUUUAAAUAGUUUAUACAUGUACAUAACAAGUAUAGCCCCAGUAUAGUCGAAUGUUUAGUAAACGAGAUGUCGUUAUAAAGUUUUCAACAGCGCGCGUUUUGCUUUUCAUAACAGACCCAAAAACUAAAGGCUCUUGCCAAGUUUCUUUUUCCAGCCAUCUGAAUUGGGUUUAAUAACUCACAUGUAUUACGCUCUGUUAGGAAAAUUCUGAUGACUCAAGCAUAUUUGCAUGCAGCUUAAUAAAUUGAAUUAGCCGAAUUGCCAGGGGCACCCAACGAGAAUAUAGUUCAAACCACUUAAACAUAGCAUUGUUAAACGUGUUUUAGUAUUUAAACGGUGGAUAUGGGUAUAUUUUUAUCCCCUAUAAAUUUUUCAUCUGUUCGGAUUUCCUAGCUGAAAGUCUAGUGUUUCGAAAAUUAUAGGGAUCAAAACUUACCUUUCCGAAAAUUUCAGCCAGAAAAAAGGCUCCCGAAAAUUCUAGGUGACCUUUUUAGGGUAAAAAUCCGUUAAAAAUGGGCAAUUUUACCAUUUUUUAGAUGUUCGAAAAUCCUAGGAGAGGCAGGCAAGCAAGAAAUUUUACAACAAAUGUUCCGAAAAUUCUAGAUCUCAAAUCGUCUUCCGAACAGAUAUUUUUCCGAAAAUCGUCGUUGGGUGCCCCUGAAUUGCUGGAACUCGGACAGCGAUGUUAAUGAAGAAAACGUCAUACAGACUUUUUGCACCGACAUUAUAUUAAGACCUAAAAAGUCAUUAAAAUGGCUCGUGAGUCAGUUUCACCCGGCUCAUUAUAGUUCGACUAAUGUUUGUUUGAAAAACUAGACAACUUUGCUGAAUCCUUUUCCCUUGUGUGGUAGGACUAAAAACAGAAUUAAUUUUUUCUCCUCAAAGUUUUGUAGAAAAAAUUAAAACAAGAAGAAUUUACAACGGUCAUUAUCUCACAUCCAUAACAGACAACAAAAUUACAGAGCCCACACAGUUUGAUGUGUUUACCUACUGUUUUUAACUUCCUUUACUACUGAAAACUCAUUAAAAUCGUCAGUGAGUUAGUUUCAACAGGCUCAUUAAAGUUCGGUGUCAGCUUGAAACACUUCAUUGUUUUUGCUAAACCCUGAAUACGACUUUUAAAAACAAAAUAAAACUCAUCUCUUUUGUUUUUGUUUUUGUUUGAAACACGGAUCGUGGUAAUUACAGAAGAAUUAACAAAUAAAAUAACCUCGUGAAAGCACAUGCACUGAGAUCCCUACUUGAGUGCUAAUUGUUGUAAACAUGUGGAUAUCUUUUUCCAGCCAUCUUAACCAUAUGUGUGGUCAGUGCGUAGUGCAUAUACACCUGAUUGCCAUGAACAUGUCUUAGAAAAAUGGUAAAGGAGAAUUGAAAAUAGAAAAAGCCAAAUAGGAAUUAAUUAGGCCUGCUAAUAAAUCUAGAAAGGAGUUAGAAAAACCGGAGCAUUUAUUUGUUGCGUAGGCGUUUUGGGGGCAUAGAAGUGAAGUCAGUACGCGUAUGUCGAAAAUAAAUUCACUAUAUAGUGGUUUAACGGUAAGCCUAACUAAUUUCGAUUUGUUUUUUGCAUUUUUAAUUUCAGUUCCUUUUAGCUGAUUUAACUAUGACAACGCAAUUGCAAUUAGGUGUAUAUACAGUAUAUCGCUUAAUUUUUGGGAAGGAGUGAUGGCUCAAGCUUAUCAUAAACUUUUAAAAAACUUGAGUUAUUGGAAUUUCCUUCAAAUUGUAUUUACUGCGACGUCAAGUUACCAAUGCGCCGCCAACAUAAGACCUAAAAAGUUAUUGAAAUCAUCCUUGAGUUUAAGUAGUUUAAGUUUCCUGUGACAUGACACCUGGCUCAUAGUUCGGUCAGUUAGAUUGAAAAAGUAUCGAGACAACUUUGGCCCUGUGAGCUUUUUUUUACGUUUAACAGAUAUUUUCCCAAAAUUGACGUGGGGUGCCCCUGAUUGAAAAAGUACUGAGACAACUUUGCUCGACCUUUCUUGGCCCUGUGAGCUUUUUUUUACGUUUAGUUAAUAGUUUGGUGAGUUUUUGCACGUUUAUGACUCUAUAAAUGACUGCUGAUCAUUGUUUAUUAAUACGCGACAAUUUAACGUAUAUAGUUAUGAAACGUGGAUCAUGCGUCAUGCAUCAUUCUUCACCUAAGCAACCUUAAUUGAAAUAGAUGGAUGAAUAAAGCCCUCACUUCCCGGCUCAGAAAUAUGGCACCGACAAAUUUUACCGAAUAUGAAAACAAGAAAACAGUCGCUGAACUGUACUGCUCGGUGGAAUUAAUCAGAGGUGUAGAUGGCGAACUUAUAUUCCUUUCAGCUCUUCAUAUUUUUCUUUCCGUCACUGCAUUUCUGGGGAACACUCUGAUCCUAGUUGCUCUACGCAAGGAAACUUCACUUCAUCCGCCGUCCAAACUCCUGUAUCGUAACCUGGCGAUAACUGAUCUCUGUGUUGGUAUCAUUGUGGAGCCUUUGUAUGUGACUUACCUUACUUCUGUUGUGAACGAAAGAUGGGAUAUUUGCUAUCACGCACAUUGGGCACAAACGUUCUUAAGUUAUACUUUGUGUUCAGUAUCUUUAUUAACAUUGACUGCAAUAAGCGUGGACAGACUCCUCGCCUUGUUACUGGGGCUCAGAUACAGACAAGUUGUAACUUUGAGAAGAACGUUUAUAACUGUGAUUGCUUUAUGGAUUUUGUCCAUCGUUGGUGCCUGCACUAUUUUUUGGAAUCGUCGUAUAACUUCAUGGUGCCUAUGCAUAGGUACAGCUCUGUGUCUAGUCACCACAAUCUUCGCUUACACCAAAAUUUUCCUCACUCUACGUCACAACCAAAUUCAUAUUAAACCUGUUCAGAGCCAUGUUUUUCCAGGACAACCAAGCCAAGCAAUUCCACUUAACAUAGCUCGAUACAGAAAGGCAGUGAACAGUGCACUGUGGAUACAGGUAACAUUGGUUGUUUGUUAUCUGCCGUUUGGUAUAGCGGUCGCUUUGACACCUCAGAGAGGGAUUCCUUUAUCGAGCUACCUUGCUCGAAAUUUUGCGGGUACCAUCGUUUACUUAAACUCAUCCUUAAACCCCUUUCUGUACUGUUGGAAGAUGAGGCAAGUGAGGCAAGCUGUGAAAGAAACACUAAGGCAACUCUUCUGUUGA